ACAACCACGAGCCGAGAAAACAUAAGUAAAAAAGAAAUAUUAAAAUACAUACAGAGCUCACGAGAUUCAAGCAAUGGCAAACAUUUUCCUUAUCGCCAGUGGAUCAAGAUCAAGAACAAGAAGAGAAAUUAAAUCAAAGAACCCUGAAGGAAAGAGAUCAAACUCCAAUCCCAAUUCAAACUCAGACAAUAACUUCUCAUGCAAGAAGCACACGAAACACAGACAGUCUCCUGGAGUAUGUUCCCUAUGUCUCACCGAGAGGCUCUCUAAGGUAGAGUAUUACGACUACACUAAGAACGCAGCUCAAACGGCGUCAUCAACAGCAUCAUCUUCCACAUCGGUCUCGUCUUGUUACUCAUCUUCUUCGGUCUCUUCUUAUUCGUCUCCAUUGCAAUAUCGGUACAAAGAGAAGAAGAAGGAUGGGAAGAAACACAGCUUGUUUAGAUUAUUGCUUGGAUCCAUAGUAGAUUAGAUUUUUUAAAUUUAUUUUCAAAGUUUUUUAUUCAUACUACGAGUAUAUUCCUUUUGCGUAUUCAUUCUUGGUCAGAGAAUCAGUAAAGUUGCAUAAGAUUAUAACUAAAAAAUUGGAUUUUAAUA